UCCCCGCGACUGCAGCAGCGCCGGCUCCCUCCCGGUCCCCGCCUCGGCCCCGGGCUCCGAAGCGGCUCAGGGGCGCCCUUUCCGUCGCGUCGUAGUCUAUCCCCUCCCCAGCCCCAGCCCCUGGGGACCCAGGUUCGCCAGCGCCCAGCAAGGGAGCCGGCCGGGAAGCGCGAUGGGGGCCCCUUCCGCCCUGCCCCUGCUCCUGCUUUUCGCCUGCUGCUGGGCGCCCGGCGCGGCCAACCUCUCCCAGGACGGCUACUGGCAGGAGCAGGAUUUGGAGCUGGGAACUCUGGCUCCACUCGACGAGGCCAUCAGCUCCACAGUCUGGAGCAGCCCUGACAUGCUGGCCAGUCAAGACAGUCAGCCCUGGACAUCGGACGAGACAGUGGUGGCUGGUGGCACCGUGGUGCUCAAGUGCCAAGUGAAAGACCAUGAGGACUCAUCCCUGCAGUGGUCCAACCCUGCCCAGCAGACUCUCUACUUUGGGGAGAAGAGAGCCCUUCGAGAUAAUCGAAUUCAGCUGGUUAAAUCUACUCCCCAUGAGCUCAGCAUCAGCAUCAGCAACGUGGCCCUGGCGGACGAGGGCGAGUACACCUGCUCCAUCUUCACUAUGCCCGUGAGAACAGCCAAGUCCCUCGUCACUGUGCUUGGAAUCCCACAGAAACCCGUAAUCAGUGGCUACAAGUCAUCAUUACGGGAAAAGGAGACAACCACCCUGAACUGUCAGUCUUCUGGGAGCAAACCUGCAGCUCAGCUCACCUGGAGGAAGGGUGACCAAGACCUCCAUGGGGAACCAACCCGAAUACAGGAAGAUCCCAACGGUAAAACUUUCACCGUGAGCAGCUCAGUGACAUUCCAGGUUACCCGGGAGGAUGACGGGGCAGACAUCAUAUGCUCUGUGAACCAUGAAUCUCUAAAGGGAGCUGACAGAUCCACCUCUCAACGCAUCGAAGUAUUAUACACACCGACAGCGGAGAUUAGGCCAGACCCUCCGAAACCCCGCGAGGGCCAGAAGCUGUUGCUACACUGUGAGGGCCGUGGCAAUCCCGUCCCCCAGCAGUACCUAUGGGAGAAGGAGGGUAGUGUGCCACCCCUAAAGAUGACCCAGGAGAGUGCCCUGAUCUUUCCCUUCCUCAACAAGAGUGACAGCGGCACCUAUGGCUGCACAGCCACCAGCAACAUGGGCAGCUACAAGGCCUACUACAUUCUCAAUGUGCAUGACCCCAGUCCGGUACCCUCAUCCUCCAGCACCUACCACGCCAUCAUUGGCGGGAUCGUGGCUUUCAUCGUCUUCCUGCUGCUCAUCCUACUCAUCUUCCUCGGCCACUACUUGAUCCGGCACAAAGGAACCUACCUGACGCACGAGGCGAAAGGCUCUGAUGACGCCCCAGACGCAGACACGGCCAUCAUCAAUGCAGAAGGCGGGCAGUCGGGUGGGGACGACAAGAAGGAAUAUUUCAUCUAGGGGUGCCCACUCACCUCCUGCGCCCCCUAGGGGCCCCAUGGGGACUGCUGGGGCCAUCACCAACCCGGACUUGUACAGAGCGACCCCAGGGCCGCCCCUCCUGCUUGCUCCCCAGCCCCCCCACCCCCUGUACAGAAUGUCUGCUUUGGGUGCGGUUUUGUACUCGGUUUGGAAUGGGGAGGGAGGAGGGCGGGGGGGAGGGAGGGUUGCCCUCAGCCCUUUCCGUGGCUUCUCUACGUUUGGGUUACUAUUAUUUUUGUAACAAUCCCAAAUCAAAUCUGUCUCCAGGCUGGAGGGGCAGGGGCACGGGGGUGAGAAAAGCAAAAAACCUGGAGUGUUGGGAGGAGGAUGAAGGUGGAGGGGUGAAGACAGGAAAGGAGCAGGGCUGGUUUGGUAGGGGGCCCCUCACCAGCCCUCCAUUCUCUACAACAGAGGGCUCCCCAACUUCUCCAGGAAUGGGGAGGUUGUGAGCAGGCGCUGGAGGUGGCUUUUCCUCUGCUAGUCACACACCUCAAGCUAUGGACAGAGAAGCGAGUGCCACCCUGACACCUCUGUUCCACACAAUGGGAAAGGAGUGAAUGGGGGUCCUCUAAGAGAUGUGACCUGCAGAUGGCGUGCACCACGCAGGGCCCCGGGGCUGCAACAUGGGGAGGACACGGGUCCCUGCAGGGAGGGGUAGAUUUGGAGAGGAAGGAUGGCAGAGAUGGCCCCGUGUACCCCCUGCCCCACCCCAAUGAGUGAAGCCAGGCUGUUUUCCAGGAACCGCCCUUGGGGGAUAGCAGAGCAAGGCUGCCCCUCCUUGCUCCAGCAGCUGUGGGAGAGGCGCUGCUCAGGGGGGCCUGAACUGCAUCUGCUUCCCCCUGCUGAGGGGCCGCUCACUCUCGCCCAAACCUUGGACUGUUGCACGGCAACCAUUCCUCCUAUGGCAUUGCUCAGCAACUACCCCUCCUCGUCUUGUGCCCUCCUGUGCCCCUUCCUGUUCCCUAAGCCUUAGUCCUUCCUCCCUCCCUCAGCAGCCAGGCAGACAUAACAACAAAAAUACUAAAAGGAGCUUCACUGCA